GUAACAAAAUAUUUCAGUUGAAUUCAAACUGACAGGGAAAAAUAAAAUGUGCGACAUUUAUUGCGACAGUACGCUGCGAAGCAGUCGUUGUCUGUAGUUUUUUGCCGAACGUUCGAACUUGAAUUUACGCUCAAGCCGUCAGCUUAAAGACUACAGGAAACGCGCUGACAGCCGUAAACAUCCGCCCUCCUAAAAUGACCGCUCCAACCCGGAAAGCGGUGUCAUUCUCUCUCAUACAACCUUUCAAGGAGGUUCUCGCCUCCAAUUAUAGAUUAUCUGACAGCUAAGACGUGCAGAACACCGAACCAGAUACAGUGAGAUACGGUUAGAGCAGUCUCAAGGCCAUCCUCUUCAGCAGCCAUGCCACGCAUUGAAAAUGAUAUCAAGCUCGACUUCAAGGACGUGCUGCUUCGACCCAAAAGAAGCACUCUCAAAUCUCGCAGUGAGGUGGAUCUAAUGCGCAGUUUUACGUUCAGAAACUCAAAGGGCAGUUACCGUGGGAUUCCCAUCAUAGCUGCCAACAUGGACACCGUGGGGACUUUUGAAAUGGCCUUAGUCUUACAUCAGUUUAGUCUCUUUACAGCUAUCCAUAAGCAUUAUUAUGUGGAUGACUGGAAGGAGUUUGCAGCCAAGCACCCAGAAUGCUUACAGAGUGUAGCAGUCAGCACGGGGACGAGUGAUGGGGACUUUGAGAAACUGGGGGCCAUUGUGGCUGCUGUACCUCAGAUUCAGUACAUAUGUGUGGAUGUGGCCAAUGGCUACUCUGAACACUUUGUCAACUUUGUCAAAGAUGUGAGGCAGAAGUUCCCUACGCACACUAUCAUGGCUGGCAAUGUGGUCACAGGAGAGAUGGUUGAAGAGCUGAUUCUUGCUGGUGCUGACAUCAUCAAAGUGGGCAUUGGACCAGGUUCUGUGUGCACCACUCGUAAGAAGACUGGUGUGGGUUAUCCUCAGCUGAGUGCAGUCAUUGAGUGCGCUGACGCUGCACACGGCCUGGGUGGACACAUCAUAUCUGAUGGGGGAUGCACCUGCCCAGGCGACGUCUCUAAAGCAUUUGGGGCGGGAGCUGACUUUGUGAUGCUGGGAGGAAUGCUUGCUGGUCAUUCUGAGAGUGGGGGCGAAAUCAUAGAGAAAAACGGCAAGAAGUACAAACUGUUCUAUGGCAUGAGCUCAGACACGGCCAUGAAGAAGCAUGCAGGAGGCGUAGCAGAGUACAGGGCGUCAGAGGGUAAAACAGUUGAAAUGCCUUACAAAGGGCCUGUGGAGGUGACGGUGAAAGAUGUGCUGGGUGGAGUUCGUUCUACCUGCACAUACGUGGGUGCUGCUAAGCUGAAAGAGUUGAGUCGUCGUACCACCUUCAUUAGGGUGACCCAACAACUCAACACAGUAUUUGGUAAUGAUAAUUAAGCCAGUACUAAGGUCUAAUCAGGUCCAUAAUGGGCCAAAUUAUGCCAAAUCCAUGCAAAGGUCAUUUUAUUCUCUCUGCAGUCAGAUGCACACAUAAGCAUAUUCACACACACACACACACACAUGCAUACAUACACACACCUCACAUCAUCAUUUAGUGUUUUUGGGCCCGCACAUAAGCUUUUGAAUUCAAAGGCUUUCCCCAGAUGCUGUAUUAAGGCCUAAAGCAACUGCAUGGCCUUUUCAUUUUUUAUUAAUCACUAUUUGAAAACUUCUAAUUUCGGAAUUAUUUGAUGAGUUUUCAAGGACACUGUAAUACCAACUUCUUACAUUCUGUCUGUUUUAGUCUUAUACUACACUGUAGUACAAUGAGAACAUCAAUUUGGUUUCAUUACACCGUACUGAAAGUGUAUGUUUUGUGCAGUUUGUGUUUUAGGUCAUAGCCUUAAAAUCUUGAGUUUGUUCUCUGUUCAUUUGUCUAAACAACCUCUUUUAGAGCUUUAUAUUUUAUCCAGAAAUUUCAGGUACUAUUUUAGACCUUGUUGUAGAUUUUAGCUGAAUGUCUAUGCCUAAUGUCUUAUAUUCAUAUGAUAUUUCUGGGAUUUUCUGAGAACAUUCUGAUUCGUCAUUCUGUUCACUAGACCAAUGCAGAUCCUUGCAAGGAUUAUUAAAGUAUUAGCUGUCUAUUAUACAAUAUGCUAAAGACCUCUGUUAUAAACAACCAUUAUAUUAAAAAGAAUAUAUCUGAAGACCAAGCAAGGGUAUUUUUUACCCUUUUAAUGGUUUCUCCUGUGUUUGUAUGUAACAAAUGCAGUGGUAUUACACACUUUUGAAGUCUUAAUCGGUUCCUGUAUAAGUAUUGGCAUAAUUUUAUGCAUUUGAGCUUGGUUUGAUCAUUAGACAUACUGCAUACUUAAAACUUUAAUACUUAACUCUUAAUUAACCUUAAUGAUUUCAUUGUAUUUUUUGUUAUUCAUUUAAUACUUUUGGCAUUCCAUUACAGUUAGUGUCCUCAUUGAUUGUGAUUUAAAGUUGCUGCUGGAGCAGAUAUGAAUGAAUGUUUAAGAAAUACAUUUUUCCCCACUUACAUAUUUUGCUGAAAACCAGAAGAUCCCUAUUGGCUGAUAAAUAGGCAGUUUAAUUUGAUUACAAAUUUUUACAUGCUGUUAAAUCACAUUUUGUACCUUAUAUUUCACUGCAGUUCAAACAUCUCUGUAUUGUAUUGUGAAAAUAAAUUAUUUAGAUGAUCACUGAAGAAUGACUUGUGUUUGCUUUGUAGGUCCAUGUAAACAUGCUAACGCCCUUCUUUUAUUACAUUUAAGACUGAUGAGGAGUAAUUUAUGCACAUCAGGUACAGAAAAUUCCAAAGAUUUCCCUGUGACUCUCACAUACUGCUUCUUACUGAGAACACUGGAUCUGGAUCUGUUUUCACUGAAGCAGGGAGAAAGUGAAAUGAGUCAGUCUCAGAAUGAAAGCAUGUUACCACACGAUACAUCAGAAUGCAGUCAGUUACAACAUAAUUGCAUGGGAGCGGUUACGAUGUCACAUAUUGUAAAAAAGAAAAGAAAAAAAAAGGUGACAUGCGUACAAUGAGGAACAGGUGACAAUACACGCUUUCCUUCCUCCUGCGUUACACCACAGCUGCACUGAAGACACACAAGAGGCC